GUGUUAUGGAUCGUCAGGUCUCAUCUCGAUAAACGUGAGGUCGACCGGCUCCUUAUACCAACUCGGGAGCAUAAAAUUGAUUUUGAUUUUACUGAGUUUAAACGUGUGGACUUUACAAUUUUUCCUGGGAAGAAAGAUGUCUUUUAUCUUUCGAAAAGUUACAAAAGAAAGGUUGACGUAUUCAUUCAGAUAUUUCAGUUGCACGAACGAUAAGUUGACGAGAAAGCCAAUACUUUACGGAGAUGACGCGUCUCCUCCCGUGAGGUUUGUCCUCAUGACGGCAGCGUUUUUGAAUAUUGAAUUAAAUUUCCAUCACAUUGACCUUUUCAAAGAAGAAAACAAGUCGAAAUUUUAUAAGAAGAUAAAUCCACUUCAGAAAGUGCCGGCGAUGAAAGUAAAGGAUCUAAUUCUCUGUGAUAGUCACGCAAUUGCACUUUAUCUGUGUAAUCAAGGUGACAACAACUUGUAUCCUGUAGACAAUAUGAUGAAAGCCCGAGUUGAUGAAAUGCUGUUUUUCAAUUCCAGCUCUUUAUUUCAAGUCGAUAGCAGAAUUUUUACGGAGUUUUUCGCUGGUAAGUGGCCUAUUAGUGAAGAAAAUGUAGAGAAAUGGCAUUUUCUCUUAAAAUUUCUAGAAAACCGUUUAACUUAUACCCCAUGGCUUGCUGGAGAUAAAAUGCUACUAUGUGAUCUAUCAUGCGCGGCGACUGUGAGUUCAUGUCGUUUGUUGGUGCCUUUUUUGGAAAAACACAAAAAGAUUAAGGAAUGGCUCAAGAAAAUAGAGGAUUUUCCUUGCUUUGAAAUUAAUACUAGAGGAUUACAACGUUUGAAAAGUUUUGUUGAUAGAGUUAAAAAUACAAAAUAG